GUCACGCCGCCUACAUCGGCUGCUUCACGAUGACGACAGGCUGGCUGGACAGCUUUGUCCUGAAGCUGGAACACCUGGUGGUCAACGAUGUGGUCAUCUGUGUCGUCGCCUGUUGGGAGGAGAGGCAGAGGUUCGCUUUACUCAAGGAAGGCAGGACGUGUAUGUGCUCCAAUGCUUUACGAGCUCUUGUGGAGAAAGACUCGAGCACCUGUGACAAGCCAUGUUUGGCUGAAGUCAAACAGGCAUGUGGGGGGAAGGCCAGCUACAGCGUUUAUUAUACAGGCUACAUUGAAGAGCCAAUUUUCAAGCCCUUUGAAGAUUUUGAUGUAAGAAAAUUGUAUGCCGGCUGUUUCCGCCGACUCCAUAAUGACGAGACGGCGCUGUGUGACUUCUACUUUGUGACGUCACGACUGCGCGUGACAAUGUGCACGUCAGUGUGUGAGGAGCACGCGUACCUGUUCGGGGUCACGGAGUGUAGAGAUAUGUUUUCUUAA